CUCUUCUGUUUACUUUUAUAUGAUAUUGAAUAUAUUUUAUGCUUAAAUCAUAUUAAAAAAUGAUUUUUAUUCAAAAUAAUACAAAAACAUAUACAUUUAUCUAAUACUUUUUGAAAUAUUGCCAUAAAAGGGAAGCAUGUCAUUGCUCAUUUUGAAGGUCUCAUGUUAUUACAUAGAGUUGCAUACCCUUCUAGUUGAAAGCUCAUGGUUCUAUGUAUGCAUGCAUUUUGGACAAAUGAUAUUGUUAAAAUUGAGGAACCUCUGCAGAAUUAUGAAGUGAGACAUAAAAUGAAGGACACAUCGUCUGUUUCUCGGUGCAACAAAUCCUCAAAGAAUUUGAUUGGUUAUGAAAAUGACAACCGCGAUAAAGCACUUAUUAUUUACAGUGAAAUGCCGAAAUGUGGCAGUGGAACUUUUGUUAGAAUCUUAAGUGAUGUUUGCAAAUACUCAAAACAUUACCGCACGAAAUACACAUGGCCAACUCCUAGUCCUGUUGAGCUGCAAAGCGUUGAAAGUAAACAAAAGUAUGUAUCAUCAAAAAUUCUACCACUAAGGCCGUACAUUUUCAUGGGACAUUUAUCUUUCCUUGAUUUCAUUGAAUUGGGAAACAAGCAACCAUUGUACAUUGAUAUUGUACGAGAUCCAGUGGAACGAUGGAUAUCCCUGUACUACUACAAGCGUGUAUCUCCUUUUCAUAUAAAAAGAUUGAACCUUACGCGAAAGGAAAGAAACCGAACAAUGGACAAUUGCAUGAAAAUUUGGAUUUCUCUGACUGGCUGUUUGGGCAGGAGCAUCAAAGCAACCGCAGAUUGUUUAAAAACAAAGCCAUAUAUGGGUUGUAAAGAUGAGAAGAUUGUAUCCAGCUACCCAACAUGGUUUUCUGGACAAUACAUAAACUCUUCGUUGAUGUCGCUUCAAAGAGCUAAAACGAACAUCGAGAAGUAUUAUACUUUUAUAGGAAUAACCGAACAUUUUGAAGAAACACUCAAAGCAAUGGAAACAAUCCUACCAAGUUUUACAAAUGAAUUCACGAGAAUGUUCAAAACUACUAGAAACCAAAAUGUUGGACAUAACAAAGUAAGACCUAGCGAUGAUAAUAUUGAUGUGAUUAAAGAAUUGUUAUCAGACGAUUAUGAACUGUAUGGGUUCAUACGUCAACGGUUUUACAAACACAUAAACUGUUUAGCUAUUAAUAUUACCAAGCACUGAUAACAUAUAUUACAAGUAAUCUCUAUUUCACUUUUUUGAAAAACUUUUUUGAAUUUUUAGUGAAUAUUUCCAAAUGUAAAGUCAUAAUAAUGCAUAAUGCUCAUCUGCAUGCUUUGGGAUCAGGACUAAACAUCAAAGUACAUGAUAAUUCAAGAAAUGGCAAGACAAGUUGAACAAAAUUGGAUGACAGUUUAACUCGAGAAUAACAAAAAUGAUGAUGGUCUCGGGUUUAACUAAA